AGUGUUUGCUUCUCCACUCUAGUUUGGUAGCAGGUCAUCCAAUAGGGGGAGCAGCCCAUCCUUAAGAAACAAUGGUCUUUAGGUUUAUUUGACUCGCCUUUGAGAUCUUACCGCCUCUUUAUGCCUUUUCCCCUUUUUAUUUGGGCUUUCACAAUCUGAUACUUUUUUCCAUCGUUUGUGAUAUUGGGUUGAUGAGUAAUUAAUGCAUUUUCUGUUUUUUUGGCUUUUGUUCUAUUGAUUGCAGGCCGCUUUUGGCUCUUCAGAUCGUACCCAGAUUUGUUUCCGUCUGAUCCUCUUGUUUCCUUCCUGAUCAUGGUAAUCAACCUUCAUGCGAGGGGCCUUGCCAAGCUUCCAGGAAGUUCCAAAUUCAGAGGAGUAGAAUUUGAACAUCAGAAAGGUGAUCUUAUGUUCGGUCAUUUUUUAUUUCACUGAUCCCCCUCAGAACCUCAAGGAAAAUGACAUCAAGAGGCAUACAUGGCAGAGCUUGUGGACUAUAUUUCCUCUGCCAAUGCAAAGUUUCCCGAGUCAUGCAAUAACUUGUCCGGAUGGUCUCUCCAAAUCUGUUUAGACCGCUACUUCUUCACCUCAUGAGAACAAAGCAUUGGAAGCAUUCAAUGUUGAACAGGAAGAGCCAUCGAUGGACCCCGCGUGAACCCACUUGCAAGUUGUGUAUGACUGUUAUUGAGGAACUGGGAGAGGGAGUAUUUUUCUUAUUUGCAAAGGGUCCUGCAUCGAAUCUAUGGCAAAUUGAAGGUGUCGGGUCCUUCAUUAGGAAGACGAUCAACAAUAUCUUUUACCGGUUCAUAUUUAAGACCGAGAUACAUGAUGGGAUUACUGUGCUGCUGGUGAUUUUGGGGUGUAUCAUCAAUGGCUUUGCGCUGCUACUGAAGGAAGAGCACAAGGGUUUGCUGAAGUAUUGGCCAGUGUCGAACAGUUUUGAAGAGGUGAUAUUCUUUAGUGAGCUGGAGGAAGUUCUGGAAGCUAUACAGCCUGCAAGAUUUCAACGUUGCACAUGGUUCCUUGUAUGCCCAGAUUUAUUGGUGCCUGAUCAGUUCUCAUUUUCAGGUCGCAGAGAGGACUUUGUUGUUAUGGAACGACAAUCACGUCUAGAAUCCAAUCAAGCUGGACCGACAGAUAAAAUUACCCAUCAACUUCCCUCGGAGAGGAACGCCAGGCGCCAUUGGAUCCAGGCUGCGCAAAGCCUGACACUGAACGUUUGGAAGAUAUCUCCGACAAUGAUCUGGAGCUAUUCGAUGCAUGCUUGUUCAAUUUCCAGGAGCACGAAUCUCAGGAAGGUGAGAUCAAGUCGAGACGGGAAGCCACCUGGAAGAGAUUGCCGACAUGAAAGCUUCAUCAAGCAACGAGCCAGUGUUGGCCUAUCCUAGAAGCUCAGCAAAGCUCAUGCCUUUACUAGGGACAACAAGAGGAGAUCAGGUGGAAAGUUUAUGUGUUGGUUCUCAUGAGUCGAGAUUUAGCAUGAUUUGGUUAGGAAGUUGGGAUAUCUUAGAUGAAUAAAGUAAUUAGUCGUGUUGAUGAACAAAAUUUUGUAGCGAUACUGAUACUACACUAUGAUAUGGAGAAUGGACCUAUCGGGGGGAAAAGGUAUGGAGAAUGGCCAACGGUAUGGAACUAUACAUUCAGUUCCCCAACCAUAAUCCUCCAUUGUUUUUGUUCCAUUAGAAAGCUCGGAAUAUUUUAUGCUCAACCUAAAGCACUCGGCAGUGGUGACCUGGCCUAGUCCAUUAGUUUAGAAAUUCACAACGAUUUCUUGAUGAAGAUGCCGCAUAACCUAUAGCACUCGGUUCUAUAUGUCAUGAUCAGAGGUAGGAAAAUGUUGAAAUACUGCUGAAUCACGAUUUUAAUACGAAAUAUUGUAAAGCGUUCGGUUCUAGAUACCAUGACCAGAGAUAGUAAAAUGUUGGAACUAUGGUUGAACCACGAUUUUAAUACGAAGGUGGCUAUUUCGGCGCACUCACUUUUUUAGGUGCACUCAGUGUACUCAACUCUAAAAGUGUCCAUAAUACAUCAAAUUUUGAAUUUCAAUUAGUACUCUCAAUCUAAUAUGAUGAUAUGACAUAGAAUCAUAGCAAAUCAAUCUAUUACCCUAACCCCUUAACCUUCAAUUUUGAAUCCCAACCCAAAAUCCCAAAUUGUAAACCUAAACCCUAACUCUAAAUCCCUAAAUCCUUCAAAUUAAAGUAAAUUUUGAAUGAUUUUUUUUCCAAAUUCAUAUUCUUUUUGUUCAUAAUUCAUAAGCAACAAUUGAUACCGUUUUGACAUGAAUCACAUGCUCAGGAUGAUAAUUAUGAGGCGGGUGCACUGAGUGCACCAAAAAAAGUGGAUGCACCGAAUACGCCACCUUAAUACGAAAUAUUGUACCAUCGAAAUUUUAGAUAUAACUUCCCAUACGAUUUCACAAUCCUUAUAAUUUACAUUACAAAGCAUAAAUGAGACUUACAAUAUAAGGUAGGCUAAUUUACAUAACAAAUGAUUAUCUUUCUGCAUUACAAAUUAGGUUAAAUACACUUGUAUAUCCAAAACUUUCACGGUUGUGCCAAUAAUAUCCAAAUUUCCCGAAAUACCAAUUAUAUCCAAUUCCUUCACAUUAUUCAACGGUGUUUUUGGAUAUACAUGUGUAUUUAACCAAAAAUAUAUUGGAAAAUGGAUAGAAUUGGCAAAGAACAACUUUAAAACAUGGAUAUAAGUGGUAUUCCGGGAAAUUUGGAUAUUUUUGGCACAACCGUGAAAUUUUUGGAUAUACAAGUGCAUAAAACCUACAAAUUAUGACUAUUUAGAUUACAAAUGGAUAAGAACUACGUUACAAAUCUGACUGAUUUACAUUACAAACUACUAAUCAUACAAAUGAAUAUAACUUACAAUUCAUGUUGUUUCUCCCUCUAUCGAAAAAUUUUCUCACUAUAUCUAAACUGCUUCUUUUUUUACCCAAUUUCUUUACAUGUAGAGAAUGGAGAAGGAAAUCUUUAAAAAAAAAUUCUAAUUGUAUUGCAAUUACUAUUCUACCACUGAAAUUAAACUGAACGGUUAGGAUUUAUUUUGUCAAAUGAUCCCUUAUUAUUCACCUGAACUUGUAUCUUUCAACUAGCCCUCCUUUAAUUACAACUAUAAUUCAUCUAUACAACAACUAAUUUUUGUUUAAGGAUGUAUAACUGAAAUUAAUUAGAAAUCUUGUC